GUGUAACUAAUGUGGAAGUGUGUGAGAGAAAGAGGGGUGAUAAAUUAGGAAAGGAAACAACAGAGGGAGAAAGGGUGGGGUAAGGUGAAAGAACCUCGUUUUGAUGGUGUGUCUAUAUCAAUGCUUCUCUUUUGGCCGACCUAACUUCAAUGCUAUGUCCCCUUUUUACUCUUUCUCAACCGACACUCCAUUUUUUACCCAACUCUCCCCAUCUUUUUUCUUCACAAAAAUCUCUCUUACAUAUACUCAUCCAACGUAACUCUACCUAAGCAAACUUCAAUUUGUGAGAUCAUGGAACUUGAACUUGGUCUUGCACUUCCUAAUUCUCAUUUUGUUGAUCCCAUCAACUCCUCCAAUACUACUAUCCUAAAUGGUAACAUGAUUAAUAUAGACAGGUUUGAUGACAACUUCUCACAAAUGAAGAUGAAGGAUGAUUAUUCAAUGGCUUCUGAUGGUAGCAACCAAGUUCCUAUUAAAACAUUGCCUUUGCUUAUAUGCAAUGGCCAACCAAAUGAAGAUGAGGAUGAUGAUGAUGGUCAUCAAAAGAGGAGAACCUUUGAAGCUUGUUAUCAGGAGAUCAAGGAAGAAAAUGGAGUAGUGGGGUGGCCACCAAUUAAGUCAUGGAGAAAAAAGCUACUACUAAAUCAUGAAGGUGGUGGUGGCUGGAACACAAAUAAUAUUGAUCAUAGAAAUAAUAUUGGAAUAAGAAAUUCAAUGUAUGUGAAAGUUAAAAUGGAAGGAGUAGCAAUUGGAAGAAAGAUAGAUCUAAGGCUAUACAAUUCCUAUCAACUCCUUACUAACACAUUACUCCAAAUGUUUCCUCGAUCAGAUGAGAAUUGUAAUGAAAAUGAUGGGAGCUUUACACUAUUGUACCAAGACAAAGAAGGAGAUUGGAUGCUUGCAGGAGAUGUACCAUGGGAAACAUUCAUGGAGACUGUUCAAAGAAUACAGAUACUAAGGAAUUGGAAGAGUGGAUCAAGAAGUACAAGAAAAUCAUCCCAUAUUUCUUAAGAGUUAUACAACUAUAUAUAUAUAGUUUGGUAGAGCAUGUUGAGGGUAAAAAAAUUUUUACAUGAGUUAUUUGACAUUGUAAUUUUAUUAUUUAUUAUCUUAGUCAUGAUAUUUGGACUUCAA